GACAGUAACAGCCUCUUCUAUCAGCGAGGAGGAUACUGUAACAGCCUCUUCUAUCAGCGAGGAGGAGAAAGUAACAGCCUCUUCCAUCGGUGAGGAGGAGAAAGUAACAGCCUCUUCUAUCAGUGAGGAGGAGAAAGUAACAGCCUCUUCCAUCGGUGAGGAGGAGAAAGUAACAGCCUCUUCUAGCAGUGAGGAGGAGAAAGUAACAGCCUCUUUUAUCAGUGUGGAGGAGACAGUAACAGCCUCUUUUAUCAGUGAGGCGACAGUAACAGUCAUCUUCUCUUAGUGAGGAGACAGUAACAGUCACCUUCUCUUAUUGAGGAGACAGUACCAGCCAUGCUCCCCGCCCAGGAAGCCGCCAAGAUCUACCACACCAACUAUGUCCGUAACGCACGCGCCGUUGGCGUGCUGUGGAUCGUGUUCACCAUCACAUUCGCGGUCAUCACAGUGGUGAUUUUCAUCCAGCCCUACUGGAUAGGCGACAGCGUCAACACCCCCCAGGCCGGCUACUUCGGCCUCUUCCACUACUGCAUUGGCAACGCCCUCACCAAUGAGCUCAUCUGCAAAGGAAGUGCCCUGGACUUCGGUUCCAUCCCGUCCGGGGCCUUCAAGACGGCCAUGUUCUUCGUGGGGAUCUCCAUGCUGCUGGUGGUCGGCAGCAUCGUCUGCUUCAGUCUCUUCUUCUUCUUCAACGCCGGCAGCGUUUACAAGAUCUGCGCCUGGAUGCAGCUGGCCUCUUCCACCUGCAUGGUGAUUGGCUGCAUGAUCUACCCAGACGGAUGGGACUCUGAGCAGGUGAAGCGCAUGUGCGGCCAGCGCACGGACAAGUACACUCUGGGCAACUGCACUGUGCGCUGGGCCUACAUCCUGGCCAUCAUCAGCAUCAUGGACUCCCUCAUCCUCUCCUUCCUGGCCUUCAGCCUGGGAAACCGGCAGGACAAGCUACUACCCGAGGACUUCAAGGUGGAGGGCAAAGACGACGCGUAAGCUGCCUUCUGAAAACGGAAACUAAUCGGUAAACAUUGGAUUAGUCAAGGUGACGAAGAUUUUGAUGUGAAUUAUUG